AUGGGAAGAAAGAUAAUGUUUUUGUCUGUUGAGAAAGCAAUGCAAGAUUUUGAAGAGUGUGAGAGAGCCAACCAGAUGGGGCAGUGUGACCCUUGCCAUGGUAAAUACAUGGCCUGCUGCCUGUUAUACUGUAGUGACGUGGUCCCCAAAGAUGUCAGUGCUGCCAUUGCCACCAAGACCAAGUGGACCAUCCAGUUUGUGGACUGGUGUCCCACUGGCUUCAAAGUUGGCAUUAAUUACCAGCCUCACACUGUGGUGCCUGGUGGAGACAUGGCUGAGGUACAGCGGGCUGUGUGCAUGCUGAGCUACACCACAGCCAUUGCGGAGGCCUGGGCUCACCUGGUCCACAAGUUUGAUCUGAUGUAUGCCAAGUGUACCUUUGUUCACUGGUACGUGGGUGUGGGGAUGGAGGAAGAAGAGUUUUCUGAGGCCUGGGAGGACAUGGCUGCCCUAGAGAAGGAUUAUGAGGAGGUUGGAGCAGAUAGUGCUGAGGGAGAGGAUGAGGGUGAAGAGCAUUACUCUGUCUGCUGCAAUUUUACACUUCAUUGUCUCAUCUUACACAUUAUUUUUAUGUUCUGUGAAAUUAAGUCCUACACUGUCAAUAAAAAUGUUUGAAUUUUACAUUUUUUUUAAAAGGCCACACCCUGGUGACCUCUUCCAACCAUGC